UUCAGUCUAGCUAGUACUGGCGAGCGCGGCCGAGGUUGUUUGUUUCACCUAUGUGUCAAAGCUUAACCUGCCAAAAGCGUUGAUCGCUCGAUUUUCUCGCCUCUAUUGAAGUUCCUUCAGAGGCAAAACAAAUCAUCUCGGCCCCGGGAAAUAAAGCUCGAGCAGUUCUUCGUCCUUGAUAGAGCAGUAUUGAUUCAAAUCAUCCAUAAUGACUGCUAAAUUGUUAUGGCAAGAUUACAUUGUUAUCGCAGCAACAAUGUUUAUAAGCAUUGGCAUUGGGAUUUACUACAGGUUUUCAGGAGGCAGACAAAAAACCACAUUGGAAUACUUUUCUGCCAAUAAAUCAAUGGGAGUUUUGCCUGUCGCCAUUGCACUUAUGGUUUCCUUCAUGUCAGCCAUCACUUUACUCGGAGUUUCAGCUGAAAAUUAUACCUACGGAACACAGUUUGUUGUUAUCAACAUUGCAUAUUUAAUAGGAACACCUAUCAUUUGCUAUGGAUUUUUACCAGUAUUUUAUAACCUGGGAGCAGUCAGCGCAUAUGAGUACCUAGAAAAGAGAUUUGGAUAUUCUGCUAGAGUAGCAGCUAGUUUUGCCUCAUGGGUACAAUUAUUAUUGUACUCAGGUGUUGUGCUGUAUGCUCCAUCGUUGGCGCUGGAAGCCACAACAGGGCUGGAUAGAAAAUAUAGUAUAAUAAUAAUUGGUCUUGUUUGUGCAUUUUAUUCCACUAUUGGAGGAAUUAAAGCUGUUUUGAUAACAGAUGUUUUUCAAGGAGUAUUGAUGUUUGCAUCUCUCUUUAUUGUGAUAAUUAGUGCUGCCAUUAGAGUUGGUGGAUUAGGUGAAAUUUGGAAAAUUGCACAAGAAGGAGGGCGUCUUGAAUUUAACAACAUAUCAUUUGAUCCUACAGUUCGUCAUACUUGGUGGGGUUUGAUUAUUGGAGGACUAUUCACAUUUUUAUCACUUUUUGGAGUAAAUCAAGUACAAGUUCAACGAAUGAUGACCUUGAAGACAAUGAAGUCCUCAAGAACAGCUUUGUGGUUGAAUUGGCCGAUUUUAACCUGCCUUUCUAUUGUAACAUGUUUUUCUGGACUUGCCAUUUAUAGCCAUUAUUAUAAAUGUGAUCCUAGAGAAGAUGGUAGAAUAAAAUCUCCUGAUAUGUUGAUGCCUUUAUAUAUAAUGGAUACUCUGUCAAAGUUCCCUGGAAUUCCCGGAUUAUUUGUUGCCGGUAUUUUUAGUGCAGGUUUGAGCACUAUAUCAGCUGGUUUGAAUUCUUUAGCAGUUGUAACUUUAGAAGACUAUAUCAAACCAAUUUACACAAAAGUAACUGGAAAUGAGUUCUCAGAGCCAAAAUCGUUAGUAUUUAGUAAGCUGUUAGUGCUUACUUUUGGAAUUGCUUGCAUUGCCCUUGCUUUUGCUGCAGAACUGUUAGGUACAGGUGUGUUGCAGGCUAGCUUGACAAUAUUUGGUGUUGUUGGUGGACCCUUAUUAGGAAUUUUCACACUUGGAAUGGCAGUAGAAUCUGCUAAUGAAGUUGGAGCAGUUACUGGUCUUUUGACGGCUAUGACAUUUUGUUUAUGGAUUUCAUUUGGGCAACCAAGACCACCUAUCCCAACUUUGCCGGUUUCAACAGAAAAUUGCGCUUUGAAACGUGAAAUAGCUACGAUUUUACAGGCUUCACUACCGAUGUCAGAGAAACUUGUUGCUGCACCACCACCUGAAAGCUUCUUUUACCUUUACCGAAUUUCAUAUAUUUGGUAUAGCGUAAUAGGAUUUGCUAUUACUAUAAUAGUGGGCAUUUUAGUAAGUUACAUUAUUCGAGCGACUCAUGGAAACUUCAACGACGAAUUGGAUCCUGAGUUAUUUUUCCCAGUAAUUGCCAAGCGCAUUCGUAAACGAAGACAAGCUAGAAAUGCACUUAAUGGUAAUCUAGAACCAAAUAAUUUAUAUGUUUUCGAUGGUAAAUAUCAAGAAUCGGUGAGAGAUAAAAACGCAAAGAUCUAUUUAUAGUUAUGUUUUUUUAAGCACCUAAAUUAUUAUGGUGGAUUUUUCGAUAUUUUAUGCAACCGCAUAAAGAUGUGAUAUUAUUUUUCAUGCGAUAUUUUCUUUCUGAAAACUUUUUAGACUAAUGUAUAUAAUGAUUCAGAAUAUUUCAUGGAAUGGUGUAUAAAUUAGACUUUUUUAUUAACUUCAACGGUAUAAUAUUUUUAUUUUAACUACGAAAUUAUUAUUUUAAAACUUAUACAAAAGGUUUCAAAUACCCUUAAAAUAAAACUACUGAAGUUCAUUUACAAUUUAUACAUUCCAUGAAAAUAGAUGUUGGCCAAUUGUUUCAAGCAAGCAAUUUAUAUAGUGCUUACGAUGAUAACGCAUGUUCUGGUCGAUAUUUUUUAAUUUAUUGAUAAGAACUGUAAAUUAUAAAAAACGUGUAUUGUUGAAUUUGGUGAAGCGAUGACGUACAUGUGCCCAAUACCUACGACAAUAAUAUUACAAUAAUAAUUGAUGUUACCUGUGGACUUGAAACAAUCGAAUAUAUCAUAUCAGUAAUCACUAUAAUUAAGAUCUCUACGACAUUUAUUUGAAAAAUAAGUUAGUGCGAGUAUUGAAUGUAAUUCUAUAUAGGUACUACCAUGUUAAUUUUGAAAGAGUCAUGGUGCUCAAUGUUACUUACGUAUAUUUUUUACAAAUAAUACCAUCAUGUAUUGAAAUUUAAUUAAAAUCGUGCUAAAGGGCAUGAUCGAAAUAAGAUUCUGUGAGGUAUUUUAUUAAUUUAAAAUACACUGUUUUUUAUUGAAA